AUGGGAAUCUUUACACAAAUGUGGCCGCCCAAGCCAGCCUUCACGGAACAGAACUUGGGUGAUCUCACAGGCAAGGUCUACAUCGUCACCGGCUCCAACACCGGCGUUGGCAAAGAGCUCGCGCAGAUCCUCUACUCCAAAAACGCUGCCGUCUACGUCGCGGCCCGUAGCCAGGCAAAAGCCACGGAAGCCAUCGAGGACAUCCGCAAAGCCUUCCCCGCUUCGACCGGCCGCCUCGAGUUCCUCGCUCUAGACCUGGCCGACCUGGAAGCCGUCGCAAAAUCGGCCAAGGAGUUCAUCGCGCGGGAGACGAAGCUCGACGUCCUGUUCAACAAUGCCGGGGUCAUGCACCCGCCGCAGGGAUCAGUGACGAAGCAGGGCUACGAGCUUCAGCUGGGCGUGAACAAUCUGGGACAUGUGCUGUUCACGGAGCUCCUGACGCCGUUGCUGGCUCAGACUGCGGCGAAGAGCGCGCCCAACUCGGUGCGGGUCAUCUGGGUGAGCUCUUUGUACUCGGAAUUGGGAUCGCCCAAGGGCGGGAUUGACCCGAAUAACCUGGGCCUCACGAAAAAGGAGCAGAGCAUCUACUACAAAUACUCUGUCAGCAAGGCGGGCGUCUACUAUCAGGGCGCAGAGUAUGCGAAGAAGUACAAGGACAAGGGGAUUAUCAGCAUGAGUGUGAACCCCGGAAACCUCAGGUCUGACCUUCAGCGAUAUGGUGAGAAUGGAAUCAUUCACAAAAUCAGCAAAAGGGUCGUCCUGUUUCCCCCAAUCAACGGAGCAUACUCGGAGCUCUUCUGCGGCCUGUCUCCGGAAGUGACGGCAGACAAGUCAGGAAGCUAUGCGAUCCCGUGGGGAAGAUUGGCCAGGAUCCGAGAGGACAUUGAAAAGGGAACCAAGAGCCCGGAGGAAGGGGGAAGCGGCCUGGGGAAGAUAUGGUACGACUGGUGCAUGGAGCAGGUUGGCCCGUUCAUGCAGUAG